AUGUCUAAUGUGAAAGCCAUCACAAAAAGGUUUUUUGAGGAUGAAAAAUAUGAUAAAAAGAUCCGACCCGUCCGAGAUUAUAGCACAGCUGUACAGAUGGACGUGAGUCUCUUCUUGUUCAGCAUCAAUAAACUGGACGAGGUGCAAGAAAAACUAGUGACCACUGCAUAUCUGGAACUGGUGUGGAUAGACGAAUAUCUUACAUGGGACCCCGAGGAUCAUGAAGGCAUAGAACAUUUCUAUAUACCACAGAAAGAAAUUUGGACGCCUGAUAUUGUAUUGAAGGGUGGAUUUACUAGAUUUCAGGAGCUAGGGGGUGACUUCUACUAUCUUGAUCUGGAUUCUGAUGGACAGAUCACGUGGUUACCUUAUGAAGUAUUUGAAAGUCGCUGUCCAAUUGACAUCACUUACUUCCCAUUCGAUGAGCAAAUAUGUAGCAUAUCAUUUGUUAUUUGGUCGUAUGCUAGGGACGAAGUUGAGAUCUGUUGUUCUAAUCACGGAAUGAAAUUCUAUCAAUAUGAAGAAAAUAGCAUCUGGUCAAUUGUCAACACGAACUUUACAAUUAUCGACGAUCCUGGAAUAAGAGAAUCUGAAAUAAUGUUCACCCUUCAUCUUCGGAGGAAACCAUUUUACUUUAUCAGAAACAUAAUAAUCCCUGUAGUUUUAUUAGCAAUUCUCAACAUCUUAACAUUUGUCAUACCGGUAGAUUCAGGAGAAAAAUUAACAUUUGGAAUGACAGUGUUUCUUUCUUUUCUUGUUUUUCUGAAUGUCAUAUCAGCACAACUUCCAACAAACUCGGAAAGUACACCUCUUUUGGGAGUAUACCUGGAAGUGCAGUUGGGUUACAGUGUCACCGUUCUUAUUGUGGCGUCACUUCAACUACAAAUUCACCACAGGGACGAAGCAGAGAUACCUUCACGACCGUACGUAACAAUAAUUAAAAUAAGCAAUCUUAUGCGAUGUAAAAGUGGGGUCAAAAUUAAACCUUUGACCAGAAAUAUAAAUCAAAACAUGGAAAAUAUUUUAAAUGAAAGGGUGGAAAUAGACUUCCCUUAUUCUAGAGACACAAAUAAGCUGAAACAAUUCCAUGGAAAAAGUGGAGAAGGAGAUCACGUUAAGACCUCUAGUAAGAAGGGUAAGGGUACUUACAUACAGGUUAAGGAAGGAAUCUCGUCACUCAAACAAGCAGAUAGUUUCCAGACAUCCUGUACUUGGAAGGACGUCUCAUCAGCCUUGGAUAUUAUCGCGUUCUGGUUCUUCCUUGUUUCAAAUUUUGUAGUAACAAUGGUUUUCUUCAUUCAGAUUUACACUGGAGGUGAAAGAAAGUAA